AUGUGUGGUUCUGAGUGUGGUACUGUGCAUGUGACUCCCCUCCUUCCCGAGCAGGUGCACACGGCGCUGGCUAUCCCUCCCCGUGAGCUCGACCACAGCAUCGUCAAGCCGCACUAUGUGCAUGCAGUGCCGGUCCUGCAUGGCGAGGCGACGUUCUCGUUCGUCGAGUUCGAGGACGAGCAAGGGGAGACCCUGCACGGCCGCGUCCAUCUCCUCCUGUCCGUGGCGUUCGCGUGCGCCGACGAAGACGAUGAGGACCGUGCGGUGGCCUUUGUUCGGCGCUGGAUCCCGCAGGCCACCGACGAGGGCACGGGCUGCAUGGUCAUGCACCCUGCAGUGUUCGACAACGGGUACCACGUGGUGCCCAUUGAUGCAAUUCAGAAGACCGUGCACAUGGUGCAGUCGUUUGAACACCCCACUCGCUGGUUUUUGAACAACAACCCCACAACUAACGACUGUGACAUUCACUACCACGUCAACGUGUCUUUAUCCCAACCUGUCAAGCCCUUCUCUGUUCUCAUCAAGAAAGGCGCUGACGUGGCACUCACUGUGGCCCGCUACAACACCGAGUGGACCAAUCGCACACUCUCGGAGUCCGAACGCGCUGAGCUGGACAAGCAGCCGCCUCCCUCACCCCCCGCUUCCCUCGGCUACACCUACGAAAUCACCGGCACUUGGCUAAGUGCCAGUACUUUGUGGGCAGAUAUCGGUCGGACGUAUAUGCGGCUGGUGAAUGCCAUGCUGGUUGCUCCUGACGCCUACACUGCUCUCAUCUACCCCAAUCCCUUUGGCAGCGGCACCUGCGCUGACGACGACAACAGAAGCCUGUGCAGAGCACACGACGCGCUCAAAUGCUCCAAGGAGAUUGGAGUCAUCAUCACCUGGAAUGGAUGCUGA